CUGACCGCUUUUAACAGCGCAUUACGCAUGCGCGUUAUAUGACGUAUCGUUUUAUUUGUCUUAAUUCGAUGAAUCGUUCAUGAUUAGAAAAAUUAUUUACAUUAUUAUCGUUCAAUUAUCUUUUUUCAAUAGAAAAGUAUUUCGUCAUAUUAUGAUAUUAGAAAAGAAAAAAAAAAUAGAAAAGAAACUUGGUGAAAAAGAGGUUAUCAUAGAUUAAGAAGAAUUUGAAAUUGAGUUGAUAUAAAGAGACAGACCGUUAUUAAGGUACAACGGUAACGUGCGUAAAUAAUGUGAAAGGAUAAUACAUUUAAUAUAAAUCAUAUAUUUUACUACGUGUGCCACCUUGUGUGUGGGGGAUAUGAUUUAUACACGAAUCAAGGCUACUUGUCAUGAUGAUAUCAGCCAACGUGUUUUUCGUCUCGUCAGGUGUUCAUUAGAUCAUUUGAUCAUCUUGAACAUUUAAUUAAUGGCUAUGAUGAAAAUAUCGAUAUAAAUUUAUAUAUCGUAACGAGAGAUUUUAGCUUAUUUCAAUUAAAUAGAAAUCUUUAAGGAUGGCACUCGUUUACAUAGAAGACAAUGACCCUUGGCUCGCAGAGUAUGAAGCUUGCGAAAAGUUGUUCCGUGAAAUUAUGGAACAACUUAAUACACGUGAAAGAGAAUCAGAAACAUCUCAAGCAUAUGCAAGUUUGUCAGCAAAUAUACGUCUACGUAUGAAACAAUAUAAUAGAGAGAUUUAUCAACUUAAAACUAAACUCGAAGAAGCUUCUAAAUCCAGAACUAUAACUAUAGAAGAGGCAGAACGUAGAACAAGACAGAUCGAACAAUUACAAAGUAAAGAUAUCCAAUUACAAAAGUACUAUGAAUCCAGAACCAAAUCUCUGUUGUCAAAUCGAAAGAGUUUAUUAAAAUCUGGAACAACUGCAUUUGCUGAUAUGGGAACAACAUCGUGGGCUAUAGAUGAUGACGAUGAUAAACCCAUAGAUGUAAAUAUGUCAACUCAAGAUCUUCAAAAUUACCAAGAACAAGUCUUGCAAGAACAAGACAAAGGAUUAGAAGAAUUAUGCAAAGUGAUAGCACGUCAAAAAGAAAUAGGACAAACCAUUAGCAACGAAGUGGUUCACCAAAAUGAAAUAAUUGAUGACUUGGCUGAUCAUAUGGAUAUGACUGAUCAAACAUUAGUUACCAGAACACGUCAGGUAGAAAGCAUUAGUUACAAAGAUCGUACUUGUGGUUACUGGAUAAUUAUUAUCUUACUUUUUAUUAGUAUUGUAAUAGUAGCUUUAUUGGAAGUUUAAUAGAAAUUAUACUUCUCUUCAAGAGCUAAUGUAAAUACAUGUAUAAUGCGUGCGUAUAUAUAUACACCAAAAAAUUUAAUACUUCUUGCUUUAUGCUAUUAUUGCACGUGGGAUACUUUAAAUUUACUAAUGCAAAUGUAGAACAUUCUACUUUUAGCAUUUAAUAUGUUUUAUGUGUUCUAUUAUAUAUAUUGUUAUAUUCUAAUUAAAUGUAUAUUGCUUUCUCAUUGAAUUAGAAACUAAUAUUUGUAAUCUUACAAAUCAUUUAUA